AAUGCUUCAGAGAUUGUCUACAGUGUUCAGAAGACCAAUGUUCUGGCAUGGGACACAUCAUCAUGAUAGCAAUGAUGCUACCAAAAGAUUAUUUGACACAGUCUCUAGCACAGUUAAAGGCAUCUAAUAAAUAAACUAUGUUGUCGAGCACAAUCCAAAACUAACAGCAGAAGAGAAAUCAAAAAUGAAGCAAUUCCUUAUUUAUAGAUAUGAUCCAGCUGUAUAUUGAAAUGUUUAGAUUUUAGGAUGAGAAUGACUUUCCAAAGUAUGUGAGCUAUUAUGUUGACUUAAAGAAGAUACCUCCAAUGUACUUAGAUGCAUUGCUAUACAUUAAAGACAAUUAUGAUUCUUCAUUAUCUUUACGUCGAUCCUGCAGAGAAGGUAUUUGCGGAUCUUGCUCCAUGAAUUGCAAUGGUCUUCAUAAAUUAGCUUGUAUUCAUGCAAUUGACACUGACUUAACAUAACCAGCUUACAUUACUCCAUUGGGACAUAUGUUUGUUGUCAAAGACUUGGUAGUUGAUAUGACUAAUUUCUAUACUUAAUAUAAGACUAUUGACCCUUAUCUAAAGAGAAAGACUCCAAAAGUAAUGAAUUUUUAAUAUUUAAAAUAGGAAGGAAAUAAGGAAUACAUCUAAUCGGUAGAAGAUAGAAAGUUAUUGGAUGGUCUUUAUGAAUGUGUAUUAUGUGCUUGCUGUUCAACAUCUUGUCCUUCUUAUUGGUGGCAUCCAGAUAGAUAUCUUGGUCCAGCUGUUUUGAUGUAGGCUUACAGAUGGAUUGUAGAUUCUAGAGAUGAAUACACAGAUGAAAGAUUAGAGAAAUUAGGUAAUUUCUAAAUUCUCAUUACAUUUUAGCUGAGGAUGUUAAGGUUGAAGACUGUUAAAAUAUAGGAAUGUGUUCAUUUACAUGCCCAAAGGGAUUGGAUCCAUAAAGAUCAAUGAACCAUUUGAUGAAAUUAAUAGAAGAAUAUAAGGAAAGAAAAAUUGCAUCUGCAACAUUAUGAA